AUGGUCACGCAGCUAGAUGCUGCUAACCCGGCAGCUCCAGCUACGAUUGCUGCCCCUGCAACGGAACAAAGCAAUGGCGUUACACCAAAUAAUAUUCUCACUGGAAAGCAAGAGCAUUAUCUCAAGCGAGAACUCCUAAGCGCCCAAGUCCAGCGUGAAAUCGUCCAGCUUGCCCACCCCACUGCCCUCCAACGCUUCGGUGCACCUUUCAAGUCAGAAUUUGGUGAAGUUGCGCCUGUGGACUCAGACCUACCUAUUUUACGGUUCAUCUUCGUCAACCAUGUUCGAAAUUUCCCAUUUCUCGACCAAGCCCGCGAAAAAGAGUUCUGGCAGGACCGUCUACAAGUGUUUCUCGAGUCGUUUGCGAACAAGAAUAUAUCCUCCUCCGAAGAUCGACUGGAAGAAACAAAACGAAAGAAACUGGCCAAGAAGAGCGAGAAACUAGUCGAACUCUUCAUGGUGUCGGGUAUUCCCACCGCUUCGGGCUACGAGGAACGUAUAAGGUUUGCAGAGAUGGAGAUUGUAGACCGAGGAGCCAACGAAAAGGGUCUGCUCGUGAACAUGCCGGAUGGCCAGGAUAUCAAUAAUUGGGACGUUAAUGUAGCAGCCGUUAGGACGACAUCUGUGAAACGCACUGUUCGCUAUCAUCAACACGCGGAAUUUAUUCUUCGUGUUAGGAAAGCUGGUCAACCGGACAUUUACGUUGGCAGACGAUAUGGCGACUUUGUCAAACUGCACAAACGGAUACGAACCGAGCUCCCCGGAAAAAUGCUACCACCUUUGCCAAGGAAGAACAAGAAAUCUAGCAAUGCUUCAUUCUGGGGUGGCGCGGGCGAUGACGAUGCUUCUUCUGUAUCCUCUUUAUCAACUGUAGGCGGUACUGCCGUGGUCGAUGACGACCGUGCUGCGUCAAAGUCGACCUUGACAUUAAAUAUUCCCGAGCAUCAUCGUUCAAACUCGCGAUCAUCCGCUUUGUCUGUGCGAUCAGUGUCGCCUCGUGCAUCAGGUGAUCUUCAGCGAGGCACUUUUCUCUACCGAGAAGAGCAGCGAGUGUCGUUGAGGGCAUUUCUACGAACUAUCCUGCAGAACAAGAGAGUGGCCGAGUCGAAAGCUAUGGAAGAUUUCUUGACAGCACGGCCUGUAACGCUAAACGAAGAAGAGUUGCUUGAUAUCAAACGAAGAAAAAGCGCGGAUGCUGCUCGCAUCGAGGAACAAAAAAAGUUCUACGAGAUUGCUCGACAACGCGCCGCCGAGUUGGAUGUAUAUAUGGAGAAAUUUCGGCAAAGCAUUGUUGAACAAAACGGCCUCACAAAGCUCUUUGCCGAGAUCAAAGAAAAGAAUACCAUUCAGGAGCUUAGUCCGGAAUACCAGAAGUUUGCCGAAUGGCUUCGAAUUGAGGUUGCCGCUACGAUAUACCAUAUCUUUUUAGCAGAGGAUAAUUCGCCAGAAAUGUUUGCACAAGCUAAGAGGAUACAUUCACUGAUCCCUUAUACCCUGAUGAAGAAUGUCAUUCGUAUAGCCAAUCCUGCCGCUGUCAUGUCCGGCGUUCUAGACUUGUUUCUUGCUCAGCCGUUUGGAUCACGGUCACUGUUGCAGCGGAUAUUCUCGAUGACUCUAAACGACGGAAUCAAGCAGUUCCAAAAGCCAAUCGACGCAUUGGUUGCGAAAGUCGAGGAUCCGGUGAUUUGUGAGAAGUUGAAGUCAUUUGUCAAUUCAGACGAAUUUCUCAAGACCGUCAUUCGUGAUGAAGCACAAGAUGAAGAUAUUGAUAUCGUCGUUGCGAUUCUCAGGUCUGAGUUGUUGACUCCAGAGAUGAAGCCUGCUCAGAUUGAAAAGAUUUUCAACGCUUAUGUAGCGUGGAAUUCAGCCGUAGAGAAUAUUCAUGAGGACUUGGUGCAUGGAGCUGAAUGGUUCGCGUAUCUAAAACAAUUGCUCAAACUGUAUACUCGACAGCGCGACAAGGCCAUGAUGUUGAAUAUGAUAGAAGAGCCUACUACUUUGAAACUGUUCCGAGACUUGUUCACAAUUUUCUAUGAGCCGUUGGUCCGCGUCUACAAGUCUGCCAACGUCUACAAUAGCAUUACGGAUUUUGCCAAAUUCGCGGAAGAUGCCAUUGGAGUUAUCGAAAAGGCUCAACGACAGGAUGUUUCGGCAGACCCUAAUCAGACAGUACAAGCAUUUAUUGAUCUUUGUGCCCGACACGAACACAAUUUCUACAAAUUCGUCCACGAAGUCCAUCUACAUGACAAUGGUCUCUUUGGAUCUCUCAUGGCUUGGAUAGAGAAUAUCCUAGAAUUUCUUCGCAAAGGCCCACGCAGUGGAUUCAAAUUGGAUAUGAACGCAUUGUUCCAAGGAGCGGUGGACACUAAACAAAUCGACAAAGACGAAUGCAUCCGAGAGAUAGACAGUCUGGUCAAAUGGCAAGAAGACCGGAAGAAAUGGCACCACGACAAGACCCGACAGAAAAUGGCUGCAGAGGGCACUGGUGAGGUACCUGGAAGUGCGACGUUCCGCACCAGCGAUUUUGGUCUUGACGAGGAUGACCUGGAUGAUCUUGCUAUUACCAAUGAGGAGUCGGAUGAAGAUGAUGAAAACUCAGAGGACGACGAUCUUGACCCGAUCCUGGCGGAGCGUAGGCGACGUGCUAAAAAGCAAGAUCACCUGCGACGAUCAGCCGGCGAACCGGUCAAGCCGGAGGUCAAGGAGGUCUACAAACUACAAGAGUCGUUUGGGAUGAUGUUGAGGGAGGUUCUCGCUGAUUGA